GUUUAUUUCUCAUUUUCUAAAAUAAAUUAAAUAAAAUUGAAGUCUCGUAGGUUAAUCUAGGUCUCGAGAUUUCUCGAGAUUAAAGAUGGCAGCCUCCAUGGAAUGAAAUUUAGAACUUGAAAUUCUACAGUAUUGCGCCAAUAACUAAUAAACUAGUCACGUAAAAACAAUGAGUCUCAGCAAAAAUAAAGGAGAGUCAUUCCCAGAGAGAUGGUUGAAGGAGUAUGUCCGUCUUUUACGCGAGAGACCAGUGAUAACCAAAGCAAUUACAAGUGGGUUUAUAACUGGCCUAGGACAGUUUCUCUCACAGAUUAUUACCAGAGAACCACAAAGAACUGGCCAUUUUAACUGGAGAGCUUUAGCAUCAUUCACAACUUUUGGAUUCGCCUUCAGUGGUCCUUUGAUCCACUAUUUCUACACAUUCCUAGACCAAUGGGUUCCUCCAGGUACAAAGUAUGCUACCAUCAAGAAAGUCCUAAUUGACAGAUUCAUCCUUGCUCCUCCAUUCCUGCUCAUGUUCUUCUAUGUUACUGCUAUAUUGGAUGGUCAAGGUCAUACAGUUGCAGCUAAGAAGAUCCAAGAGACAUUCUUGCCAGCACUACUGAUGAACUGGAGGGUAUGGACUGUGUUGCAGUACAUCAACAUCAAAUAUGUACCAAGAGAGUACCGUGUAUUGUUUGGAAGUGCAGUUGCCUUAUGCUGGAAUAUAUACCUUGCCAUUCAACGACGAUAGGAUAGCCAUAGAUAGACAUUAACACCAUAUAUGAGCUUGAACUCCAUAUUUGGCCAUUGAUUCCAUAUAUGGGCAUCAACUCUAUGUGGGCUUAAACUCCAUAUAUGGGCAUCAACACCAUAUAAGGGUUUUAACUCCAUUUUUGGAAUCAACUCUACAUAUGGGCAAUGAAUCAAGGGUGCCAGUGAUAGGUACUAAUGCAUAAAAAUUAAAUAUGUAUGCAUAAAUAAGCAAUCAAUUUUACAAUGAAGAUAACCCUGUGAAAUGAGCAUAAAUAAGGGACUUAUGU